AUGUUGUCUUCCAGGUACAAAGAGAAUCUGCCUUCUGAGUAUUUUGCAAAGCCCAAGAACAGGCUGACGUUCCCCACCUCCCUGAACAGCCAGCGGUGGAUAUUUGUCAGAAAGGGACUGGAUGACUUCAGGAAAGGCUGCCCACCUUGUGAUGGUCUGAUCAUUCAGGGUCCUCAGGAGCACUUUCUUCCUCAGAUUUAUCACAGAGCUCCCCGACCUGCCCCCGAAAAGAGGCAGAACAAACUGCCCAAGGAAGCAGCCCUGUUUUCCAAGCUCUCGCCAGCCCAGCAGGCACGAAAGACACUCCUGGAGGACACAGAAGCCCAGCUGACCCUGCACCCCUUGGCUCUCUACCCAAAUCUGGAAGAAGAUAUGCCUGUGGAGCUUUUAUUAGAGGUGCUGGAAGUGCUGGAUCCUGACAGGAAACUGGAAGACACGUGGGCUUAUUGUCAGGGCCUCAGGAAAAGAGCAAAGGAACCCAUAAAACUUUUAAAAAAACGUUCCACCCAAGUCUCCUUGGGACUUCUCCAGAAGACUCCUCUGUCACAUCCAGGCCGAUUGCUUUACGAAGAGAAGCCAAGCGAAGUGGAUUUGCUCCGUGAAGAGGGUCCUUUUCCUUACGAAAAUGUGCGCAAAGAAGUUAGUGACUUCUGCAACUGGGCUACUAGUAUUGGAAGCUCAGACAUUGAUGAAGACUUCAUCCUGAAACAGUUUGACAUUGACUAUGAGAACAAACCAAGCUGUGAUGUGUCCCACGCGAUGAGACUCAACCAGGUUCCUUUGGAACUAAAGAAGAGUGUGGGGCUCAAUAAACUUCGAGAGCCAGAAUUUUUCCAGAAACUAGGCCAUGAGCAGAAAUGCCAGAAACUGCAGAAUCCUUAUAAACCAAAGUGGAUGAAGAUGAGGUAUGGAGCAUGGUAUCUGAACACCAAAUUGUGGAAAAAGCAAAGAGCAGAUGAACCUUUGGUUGACCCCAAGGUCUCACAUAAUGCUCAAGGUGAGAAUUUUAAAAAAGAGCUUCAGGAACAGGAGUUACUUGCAAACCUUCAUGGAACAGUUGCCUUUAAAGAUUUCAUUCUAAGCAGGGGCUACAAGAUGCCAAAUUUCCUUGAGAAGAUGUAUGUCAGGAAGAAAUGUAAAAGUGAGUGUAAGACUCCUAUAAAAUAACUCAGCAUAGAAGAGUUUGGGAAGAUGAUUAGACAGGUUUUAUUUAAUUUAUUAAAAUUAAAUUUUAUUUACUCUGUAUUACUUGGAGAUUUCUCUGUCUCAUUAAACGUUAAACAAAAUUUAUAAUGAGUGUACCACUAUGGGCGUACAACUUUGACUUGGCAACAUCCGUAAACUUUAUACCUAAUACUUACAAACAUUUCACAAUGGCUUUCUGCUUCAGUUAAUCAAUAUUUUAUAUAUUUUAUCAACUAUGAGAUCAAUAUUCACAUAUAGUCUCACAUUUUUGUAGCACAGUCAAUAGCAACUAUUUAUAAAAAUAAAUAAAACCAUAAAUAAAAGCAGAACUACUCUA